CAACACAAUCACUUUGCUCACUUCUUAACACAUUCCUUCACAUUCAAACAAAACAAAUCAACAGUUUUCAAUCAAAAGCUUGAAUUUCAAUCCAUCCAUGGCCUUUUCUGCAACUUCUGCUUCAUGGGUUCAACCCAAAUUCUCUAAAGCUUCUCCCUUUUUAUUAAAAGAAUUGCCUUCUUCAUCUUCUUCUUCUUCUUCUUCUCUGUUUCUCCAUCCACAAAGAGUAAACUGCUCACUUCAAUCACAUCCCCUUGUUCAAUACCCUAACCAGUCAUCUUCUCCGGUAACAAAUCACAACACCACCUCCGGCAGCCAAAUCCAAUGGAAUUUCUUACAGAAAGCUGCGGCCUUUGUGCUUGAUAGUGUAGAGGGUGCCUUGGUUUCUCGUGAAAGUGAGAACCCUUUGCCGAAAACAGCCGACCCAAGUGUACAGAUUUCAGGAAAUUUCUCUCCGGUACCGGAGCAACCCAUCCGGCAGAAUCUCCCCGUAGUGGGUAAAAUACCUGAUUGCAUUCAAGGGGUCUAUGUCAGAAAUGGAGCAAACCCUUUGUUCGAACCGGUCGCAGGACAUCACUUUUUCGACGGCGACGGCAUGGUUCAUGCUGUGAAAUUUGAAAAUGGUAACGCUAGCUACGCCUGUCGGUUCACUGAAACAGAGAGACUUGUUCAGGAGAGAACUCUUGGCCGACCAAUUUUCCCAAAAGCCAUUGGAGAACUCCACGGUCAUUUUGGAAUUGCCCGGUUGAUGUUGUUUUACGCCAGGGGUCUAGUUGGUCUUGUCGAUCAUAGCGCUGGAAUUGGAGUGGCGAACGCCGGUUUGGUCUACUUUAACAAUCGGCUUCUGGCAAUGUCAGAGGAUGAUUUACCUUACCAUGUUAAAGUAACCGAAACAGGCGAUUUGGAAACUGUCGGAAGGUAUAAUUUUGGUAAUCAGCUUAAAACCACCAUGAUCGCACAUCCGAAGAUCGACCCAAUUUCUGGCGAGAUGUUUGCAUUGAGUUACGACGUUAUCAAGAAGCCUUACUUAAGAUACUUCCGAUUCUCUCCAUCUGGGGAGAAAUCACCGGACGUCGAAAUCCCAUUAUCGGAGCCAACAAUGAUGCAUGAUUUCGCAAUAACCGAGAAUUUUGUUGUAAUCCCAGACCAACAGGUGGUUUUCAAGUUGCCGGAGAUGAUACGUGGUGGAUCUCCUGUAAUUUACGAUAAGAACAAGAUGUCAAGAUUCGGAAUCAUCAACAAAUACUCAAAGGAUUCGUCUGAGAUCAAAUGGGUAGAUGUGCCGGAUUGUUUCUGCUUUCAUUUAUGGAACGCAUGGGAAGAACCGGAGAAAGACGAGAUCGUGGUGAUUGGAUCAUGCAUGACACCACCGGACUCCAUUUUCAAUGAAUGUGAUGAAAGCUUAAAGAGUGUAUUAUCUGAAAUUCGUCUCAAUUUAAAAACAGGGGAAUCAACCCGGAGGCCAAUCAUGAAGGAAUCCGAUCAGGUGAAUCUAGAAGCAGGGAUGGUGAAUAAAAACAGGCUUGGGAGAAAAACCCAAUUCGCAUAUUUGGCGAUCGCUGAGCCAUGGCCGAGAGUUUCUGGAUUUGCUAAAGUUGAUCUUUCUUCAGGGGAAGUGAAGAAGUACAUUUAUGGAGAUGGGAAGUAUGGUGGAGAGCCAAUGUUUCUUCCUAGGGAUCCAAAUUCGGAGAAAGAAGACGAUGGGUAUAUAUUGACCUUUGUUCAUAAUGAGAAUACAUGGAAAUCGGAGCUGCAAAUUGUGAAUGCUAUGAAUCUAGAACUGGAAGCGACUGUAAAGCUUCCUUCAAGAGUACCUUAUGGAUUCCAUGGAACAUUUAUAAACGCCAUGGAUCUAGCAAAACAGGAUUAGCAUAAUAUGUCAUUUCUCUAUGGAGAUUUACCAGAGGGACGGCCGAGAAUACGUCCCCGGAGGUCUCUGUUUUGAAUCAAAGAGUAAAUAGAUAGUUACUACUCUGUUUUGAGUCAAGAAACCAGCUUGAAGCUUUUGUUGUUUAUGAAGCUCAGCUGGUUUUUAAAUUUUCUCUUUGUGUAUAUAUUUGUGCAUGGAAAUGGAAUAAUAUGCUUAAUGUUCUU